AUGCUUAUAUUUCUAUUGAUUAUUGUAAUUACAAGUGGAACAGAAAGUAUUAAUAAUAAAGAAGAAAGAAAUAGAGAAGUAACACAUAUACAAAUAGAACCAAAACAACACAAAAGAAUGUAUAAUGGAUAUAAUAUACAAUUAAAAGGUGAAGUGUCACAAGAACCAACUAUGACAUUAACCCAUGAAUCAACAGAAGCACAAAACAUACAAACAAAACAAGAUGUAUCACCAAAAAACUCCAAUGAUUCUGGAGAACAAAAAGAAACAAAAAUAGUGACACCAAACACUGAAACACAAACAACAAGCACAACAAAUGUACCAACACAAGGAACAGACACACAUAAUAAUCCAGAAUCUACUGUAACACAUCCAGAAUCAAAAGUUAACCAAAACCCAACCAGUGAAUCAGGAACAAUCAGUCCAAGUAAUGGACAAAGUGAGGCAACUCCAGCAAAUACGGAAGGUUCAACAAAUUCAGCCAGUUCAACGUCGUCAAAUAAACAAACAGACUCAUCAAAUGGAAACAAUGCAGAUAAAAAUAAACAGGGAGAUAGUCCUGAAGGAUCAGGGAAAAGUCCAAAACCAACAAAUGGACAAGAAGAGAGUAUAAACCAAAAUGAACAAACAACAACUGGGUCAGGAAAAGAUAGUGGAAAAGGGGAAUCUACAACAGCUACCACACAAGAUGGACAAGGAACAACAGAUAGACCAACAGGUGAAGGAAAUAAUGUAACCCCAACAAAUGGAAAAAACGAUGUACCAACAGAUGGAACAUCUACUAAAGAAGAUGGAAAAGGUAGUAAAACUGAAGAAAGUGAAAAAGUCACAGAUGGAACAGGAAAAGAAUCUGGACAAAAACCAAAGGAUGGGGAAGAUGGUAAACAAACAAAGGGACAAAAUGAAAAUACAACAGAUAGCAAAACUGAUUCAAAAGAAAAUACAAAAACUAACAGUGAACAAAAUGGAAAGAAUAGUUCAAAUGAAAAACAACAAACAACUUCAGAAGAAAAGCAUAAUACCACAAAUACUAAUUCUGAAAAUAAAACAGAUGAUAAAUCAAAUAAUAUCAAUGAUGAACAAAAUGAACAUCAUAAUAUGGAUAAUGUCUCAACUAUUUUCAUUCUUCUCUCUACAAUCACUCUAACUUUGUUAUUUUAA